AGCUGCGUGGUGACGGAGAUGCCCGUUCUCUCGGAAUCAGGAACGGUGAGCUCCCAGGACUGCAAUGCCCUGAGAACGCAGCCGGGUCGCUGAGCCUCCGGAGUCCGGUAGCUGAAUGAAAUACGCAGGGAUCACCAGCCGGACCCAAAUCUUGCGUCCCUGCCAGCAUCCUGGAGUCCUAAGAGGCAGGGAUUGGAGCUGACAGGAUCUCAGAACUCUGGUCCCAGGCGCACAACGGCGGAGUCGCUGUUCCUGGUGCUGAAACACUCCGUCCUGGAAGAGCGUGGCCGCCUGCCCGCCUGGUACCGCGCCGCGGCCGCUGCGGGGAACUGUCCAGUGCUGAAAACGGAUGCGGCCCGGCCCGCAGGGCUCAGACCCGAGCCUGCCGCACCCAGCGGAACUCGGACCGAGCUCCUGGAAGCACUGACGCAGAGCGCAGGGAGAGUCGGAGUGGCGAGCUCCAAGUCGGGCAUGGACCUGCAGAGACCCGAUUCCUACCAGGGAGGAGCUGGCCCUGACUUCAACGAGCACGUCCUACAUAAGACCAUCCUCGUGGGCGACAGUGGUGUGGGAAAGACGUCUCUGCUGGUUCAGUUCGAUCAGGGCAAGUUCAUCCCCGGCUCCUUCUCGGCCACUGUGGGCAUCGGAUUCACGAACAAGGUGGUGACCGUGGAUGGCAUGAGAGUGAAGCUGCAGAUCUGGGACACCGCUGGGCAGGAACGGUUCCGAAGCGUCACCCAUGCUUAUUACAGAGACGCCCAGGCCUUGCUUCUGCUGUACGACAUCACCAGCAAAUCUUCUUUUGACAGCAUCAGGGCCUGGCUCACUGAGAUUCAUGAGUAUGCCCAGAGGGACGUGGUGAUCAUGCUGCUAGGCAACAAGGCGGAUAUGAGCAGCGAAAGAGUGAUCCGUUCCGAAGACGGAGAGACCCUGGCCAGGGAGUACGGCGUUCCCUUCCUGGAGACCAGCGCCAAGACAGGCAUGAAUGUGGAGUUAGCCUUUCUGGCCAUCGCCAAGGAGCUGAAAUACCGGGCCGGGCAGCAGGCGAAUGAGCCCAGCUUCCAGAUCCGAGACUAUGUGGAGUCCCAGAAGAAGCGCUCCAGCUGCUGCUCCUUCAUGUGAAUCCCAAGGGGCAGAGAGGAGGCUCUGGAGGCCCAGGGGAUGCAGCCGUCCCCCCCAGGCCUGGCUUAUUCCAAGCGGCUGAGCCAAUGGGGAGAAAGAUGGAGGACCCAGUGCACAGCCUCUUCCUACUAGGGAGCUGUACUCCAGCUCCUACUUGAGUUCCUGCGGUCUCCCCGCAUCCACGGGGAGGGUAAAACACUUAGCUUUUAUUUUAAUAGUACAUAAUUUAAUACCAAAAAAAAAGGCACCUGGAUGCCCAAAAAACCGAGGCUGGGCCCUAGUAACCCUUUUGCUUUCUAGGACUUGGGGGGCUGGCCCUCCCUCCUAAACAUAACAAAGGUGGUGUUGCUCCAGCUCAGCCCCAGGGGACACAGAUGCACUUUGGGGGUGAGGGCAGGUAAUGACUCCAUCGCACCCUCAGUUCAGCUGGAGAGAGGCUGAGCUGACCCCAGCCUUCACUGUCUCCUGCUCUCCAGGAGCUUAUCUUCACCACCCCAUCCCCCCAAAUAAGUGGGCCCUUGUGCCGUGAGGGAGACCAAAGCCUCAGGGAAGAUAAGAGGUAUGGAGAUGGGAGGUGGAGGACACGGGGCAGAGAGUAGGGUCGGGCUGGCUACCUCUGGCCUUACUAACACCCCCUUGGAGGCAUGCCCCUUUUCUCCAGCACACAAGCACAUUGGGGCACCUGGAAAUAUUGGUUCCAGGCUCCUGUUCUCUGGACCUCAGAUCCUGGGGGAGACCCUCCCCACGGAAUCCCUGGCUUAGCUACCUUCCUGCCUGUGCACCUAAAAACCUCAGGUCAGAACCAGGAAAAUAGUUUUGUUUUUUAUUUUUUUGAGAUGGAGUCUCGCUCUGUUGCCCAGGCUGGGGUGCAGUGGUGCAAUCUCCGCUUACUGCAACCUGCAUCCCCUGGGGCUCAAGUGAUCCUCCCACCUCAGCCCCCCAAGUAGCUGGGACUACAGGUGUGCACCACCACACUUGGCUAAUUUUUGUAUUUUUUGUAGACACAGGGUUUCACCAUGUUACCCAGGCUGGUCUUAAACUCCUGAGCUCAAGCGACCUGCCGGCCUCGGCCUCCCAAAGUACUGGGAUUACAGGCAGGAGGCACCACGCCCAGCCGAGAUGUGUCUUAUCCCAAUCCUUUGGCAGGCAUGCAGCUCCACAGGCAAUUUCUUCAAGCAGCUGAAGUGUUUAGCUCUCCCGGGUUAAAAGCCAGAUAAGGAGAAAUCCCUUUCCUAGGUUUGGAAUGUGUUGUGAAAAAGAAAUCCCUGGCUCCUGGAGCUGGUGGGAGACAAGAUUAAGCAAACCUCCCCCCACGUGUAUCCCUUUGACCCCAAGCUCUGCCUCCUCCCUGACCACCCAUGCCCUUUCCUUUAACUUCUCAAAUAGAUACCAGGGCCUAAACUGCUUUACCUCCCCACCUACUCCGUCAGGUUAGGGGGUGGGAGGUCACCCAUUUCCGAAUUAAACCAAUGCAAUGUGAGUAAAACAAGGUCAUGUGGGUAUGUCGGGGGUAGAGAAAGGGGUAGCAAGUUCAUGUGGCCUCUUUGGUCACAUGUCUCCCAAAGCUCUGACCCCUGCCAUUGGAAGUGGACAGGAGACACGAGGUCAUGACCUGCAGGCACCUUUACUGCAGCUCUGCAGGCCUGAGUGGGGAUGGGGGGGAGGAAGAAGUAUGCGCUGCACAUUUCUGAGCCUACAGCAUUUGCUUUCAAGGCAGAAAUCUUGCUCUGAGCAGUCAGCGGCUCCAGUUUGGGCCCGAUGAGGAAGCUCUCCGUGGCCUCAACCAGGCAGAGCAGGGAGGAGGUUGACAUUGCCAGUCUCUUCUGGGGCCCGAGGCAGGUUGCAGGAGCUCCAAUCCCGUAGACAGCUCUGGGCCUCUUGCAUUUGAGUUUUUCAGAAUUAAACUGCAGGAUUUUGGAAAGCA